GCUUAGACUACUUAUCUCUUGCAUCGCAAACCCCACACUACUCGCCCUCCUUUCUUCCUCCUUUCUGUCAUUCCCGCCAGUCGUCGACCUUGGCUCCCUCACCCCGCGUCUUUGCAUACCUGCUGCGACGAGGCCUGAUCCCGACGUCCAGUAUGGCCGUUGUCCCCGUCGACACGACCUUGCAUGUGCCGCCUCCGGACCCGGUCCAGGAACCGCCGGCAGUGGCCGUGACUCCCUGCGACCCCUGGCCGGCGCCUUACUAUUUCGAAGGCGGACUGCGCCGCGUGAAGCCCUACCACUACACCUACAACACCUACUGCAAGGAACGCUGGCGCGGGCGGGAGUUGCUGGACAUCUUCCUGUCGGAGUUCCGUGAUCGACCGGCCGAAUACUACAGAAAAGCCCUCGAAACCGGCCUCGUCUGCGUCAACGGCAAACCGGGCACGCCGCACACGGUCGUCAAGAACGGCGAGAUCAUCUCGCACACGCUGCACCGGCACGAGCCGCCCGUGACGGGCAAGGCGAUCGGGAUCAUCCACGAGGACGAUGACCUGAUCGUCAUCGACAAGCCGGCCGGCGUGCCCGUGCACUCCGCGGGGCGCUACCACUACAACUCGGUGCUGGAGAUCCUGCGGUCCCAGCGGCACCCGGACUGGGUGCCGCGCCCCUGCAACCGCCUCGACCGGCUGACCUCCGGCGUCAUGUUCUUGGGGAAGCACCCCAAGGCCGCGGAGAUGAUGUGCGAGAAGCUCAAGGCGCGCACUUUACAAAAAGAGUACGUGGCGCGCGUCAAGGGGAGGUUCCCUGAUGGGGUCGUCGUGUGCGAUCAGCCGAUCAUGUCGGUCAGUCCGAAGGUCGGGCUGAAUCGCGUGCGGGCUACGGGGAAGGAGGCCAAGACCAAGUUUCGGCGGUUGGCCAUCGUGCACUGCCUCCCCCUGACGGGCCGCACGCAUCAGAUCCGCGUGCACCUGCAGUUCCUGGGACAUCCGAUCUCCAACGACCCGAUCUAUUCGAACCGGAAAGUUUUUGGUCCGGACCUCGGGAAGAACGAGACCUCCGACGAGCGCGACCAGGAGCUGAUUGCCCGCUUGUCGAACAUGGGCAAGACCGAGACCGCCGCGGAAAGCACCACCACUACCACUACAUCCCCCAAAAACGACAGCGAGAACAGCUACCGCACACAUCUCACGGCCGCGCCCCUCGUGCCGCCCGGCACCGACUCCUCGGUCGUCGAGGAGAUCAUGUCCCGCGAGCACGAGGCCGCCGUCGAGCGCUACCACAAGCGCAAGGGCGAGCGGCUGUCCGGCGAGCGCUGCCCCGUCUGCGACACCGAGCUGUACACGGAUCCCAGCCCCGAGGAGCUGGGCAUCUUCCUGCACGCCGCGGCGUACGCCGACAAGGGCGCCGACGGCUGGAAGUACACCAGCCAGAUGCCGAGCUGGGGCCUGCCGCCCGCCGGCGUGGACGGCCCCCGCGCGAUGCCGAACUGGGUCGAUGUCCCCGAGGCCGAGGAGAUCGUGAUCGGGUAUGGCACGGUGCCGGAGCUCGGCGGCGAUGGCGAGGAUACUGAGGCGGACAGGAGAGGGAUCCCGGCGCUGGUCCAGGGGGUCGGGCUGGUGGAUAUCUCGGCGGAGAGGCAGGCGCAUGAAGCUGCUGCUGCUGCUGCGGCUGCUGCUGCUGCCGCUGCUAGUGCGGAGACUGGAACUGAAGCGCAAGCCACCGCAUAGAUGCUUUUUUUUUUUUGAUGUUGGUACAUAGAACCGCGAUGAUAUCACAAUAGAAGUCCAGCCUAUUUCUUCUCGUC